CAGAAAGUAGCAGACCAGCACCCCUUAUAAUACUACCUUUUAGCUCUGCACUACUCCAUCCUCCAAACUUAUCUGUCUCCCGCCACCAUCGGAAGUAUAGUACUCCUACCUACCAAACAUCUACCUUAAUCCUCUCUAUACCAACAAAUCAAACAACACCAUCACCAUGACCGUCCUCCCCACCAUCUUCUCGUUACUCUUCGCCACCACUGCCACUGCCACCAUCCCCAGCACCCUCAACAUCACCACCAUCACCGCCCACAACGACCAAUCCGCCAUCGAAUGCUGGGCACUCGACCCGGGCUUCACCACCACCGACCAAGCCGGCGUCUCCGGCACCGCCUCCAUCUCCCUCGGCCCUGUCGCCGGCAAUGUAACCAACAUCAUUGUCCCUGGUGCCUUUGAUGGUGGGAGCCAUAAUGCACCGGCUCUUCAGUGGGUUAUCUUCCUCUCCGGCGUAGCGCACGUCACGCUGCCUCACUCGGACGAUGAGGCGUGGAUCGUGGGCGGGAGGAACGGGGCCAUCCUGGCCCUGGAUACCGCCGAUGUUAGUGUCGAUGGCCAUAUCACGCAGUAUCCGACCCAGGAGAGUACGGUUGCCGUCGAGGUGCCGUUGGUGCAGGUCCCGGGGCAUCGCGUGUUGCAUGGGGGGCUUGUUUGGAGGGGGAGAUGGGGGGGUAAGUACUCUGUGCUUGUGCUUGGUGGUGGUUUAUAG